UCUCCCUUGAUCUAGCCUCUGUUUGGUUUGUUUCUCUUGGAUACGUUACCCUGUUUCCACCAUCAAAAUAUUUUCACACAUUAUUUACUGAUUGUUCAGCACAAUACAGCUUUGAGAGCCAAUCACUAUGCCACGUCCAAGAUCUGCUCGAUCAGAUACCAGUGAUGCCGACCUGGAAGGAAUGGCGGAGCAGGAAUUGGUCAAACUCCAGAGACAAUAUCGUAUUAUGGAGGGAGAUCGUGCAGCUUACACAGAAGAAUCACAGAAUCUGAUCAGAAAACAAAAAGCCUCAAUUGGUCAGUUAGAAUCAGAAAAACAGGAAUUACUGAAGGAGUUACGUCUGGCUGAAAGUAGGAGUAACCAGGAUAAAGAUGAUGUCAAUACAGAUACUCUCGUCACAUUGGCUGAGGUUAAAGAUGAGAAUGAAACUGAUAUUGAUGAAGAAAAGAAAAUGCAUAUUGAGUUGGAUGCUGAAAUCAGAAAAUGGGAGAAAAAGAUAAAAGAUCAACAUAAAAAUAUGGGAGGUGUUCACAUGAGUUCUCAACACACUGUACAGAUGCAGAAAACUGUCAGGACAUUAGAAAAUAGACUUGAUCAGUCCAAACAAGCAUUUUGUAAGCAGUUAUCUGAAAAUGCAAAACAAAGAGAUGAAAUUGAAAGUCUUCGUGUGGAGAGAAACAGAUUUGACAACCUAUACAAGAAAUUAGAGAAAGAACUCCAGCAACUUCAGAAAAAGAAAGGAGAAUUAAUUGAAAGCUCAACUCAAGCAUAUGAUGCCAGAGAUGAAGCUCAAGCCAAGAUAAUUUUGCUUAAAGAGAAGGCAGACAAAGACUUACAGCAACAUCAAGCUGAAAUGAAAGAAUUAUUACGUGUAAUUGACCAUGAUCGUGCCCUCCGUGAAUUCAUGGGGAUCAAAGGUCAAGAGAGACAGGAAGAUCCACAACUGGUUGCAUGGAGACAGAAAAAAGAGUCUCAGGAGGCAGAGAGAAAGAAAGAAAGUCAAGAAGAUUCUGUUGAAACAUAUGAAAUGGCAUUUGAGAGAAUUCGUGAAAUGACUGGAGAGGAAGACCUUGACCUGUUGGUUAAUCGUUUUAUUGAAGUUGAAGAUCGUAACUUUGCAUUGUUUAACUUCGUCAAUGAACAGAAUAAUGAGAUUGAGAAAUUAAAUGACGAAAUAAAAGAUAUUGAAAACGAAAUUGAAAAAUUCAAACUAACAGGAAUUGAGUUGGAAGACAAGAGGAAGAAAAUCUUGAAAGAGCUUGAGGAUCAACAAGCAAGCUCUUCCAAAGAAGCUGAUGAAUAUGAACAAAAGAAUAAAGAAAUCUCUAAAAUACUUGAUCAGUUAAGAGCAGGUAUUGACUCUCUAUUUAAUAAAAUUAACUGUGAUAGAUCUGCCAUUGAUGACAUGUUAGGAGCUGCAUCAGGGGUUACAGAUAGCAACAUGAUACAAUACUUAGGAAUCAUUGAACAAAGAACAAAUGAAUUAUUAGCAAUACAGUCUUACAUUGGAUCUAAGGAUACUGAUCAGACAAGGUUUGAGAAGACUGGUCCUGGUUUAUUAGGAGAAGGACCUGCAGCACCACAACAACAAUUACCCAUACUUCCUCCAUCAGUCGGUGAUGAAUACGACAGUGAAGGAAGUGAUGCAAGUGAAGAUGAAGCACGGCCUUUCACCCGAGCAGAGUUACAAUCACGAGUAAUGAAGACAGUACGAAAACGUGAAUCAGCAGCUAAAAAAGAUGCACAUAAAUAUGACUUAUCAAAUGCAAGAGAAAAAACACAAAAAAGUAAAAAAUCAAAUAAAUAGUAAC